AUGGGUUCUGCGGCUCUGUUGGACAGCUUACCUCCCGAUACUGGUGUGAAGAAGAACAAGAAUAAACCAAAAUCUGCGGCAAUUAAGCAGGUUGUUGCCGCUGGCCAAAAAGAAAGGAAGAGAAGUGUUUUUGAUAGUGAUGAUCAGAAGCCUGCUGGUUCUAGCAAAAGGCCAAAGCGAGCUGCUGCCUGUCUGGAUUUCAAGGAGAAAUCAGUCCAUAUAUCUGAAAAAUCCUCAGUUAUUGAAAUAAAACAGGACCAAUAUGCUGGGGAAGAGGCUGUAGCUAUACGACUUACUGCUGCACAAGAUGAUGGCCGACCAUGUCGUAGACUUACAGAUUUCAUCUUCCACAAUUCCGAGGGAGUACCACAGCCCUUUGAAGCGUUGGAAGUUGAUGAUGUUUUUAUCUCUGGCCUUUUAUUGCCUCUUGAAGAAAGUUCAGAAAAAGGAAAAAACAAUGGUGUCAGAUGUGAAGGCUUUGGUCGCAUAGAAGAAUGGGCAAUAUCUGGUUAUGAAGAUGGAUCUCCAGUGGUAUGGGUGUCAACUGAUAUUGCUGAUUAUGAUUGCUUCAAACCUUCUAGCAGUUACAAGAAGUUUUACGAUCAUUUCUUUGCCAAGGCUUUUGCAUGUAUUGAGGUUUACAAGAAACUGUCAAAAUCUUCUGGGGGGAAUCCUGACUCAACCCUUGAUGAGUUGCUUGCAGGAAUUGUCCGUGCAAUGAGUGGAAUGAAGUGCUUCUCUGGUGGUGCAUCUAUCAAGGAUUUUAUCCUAUCGCAGGGUGAGUUUAUUUAUAACCAACUUAUAGGUUUGGAUGAGACAACCAAACAGAAUGAUCAGUCAUUUGUUGAGCUACCUGUUCUUGCUGUCCUAAGAGAUGAGAGCAGCAAGCGUAGGGAUUCUGCACAAGAAAAUUUAGGAUCCUCAGGAAGGAAUUUAACAAUAGGUCCCAAAACAAGAGAUGAAGAAAAGAAAAAGAAAGAAAGUGGUUCAUUGUUUCCAUCAGAGGAAGAUGAUGUAAAACUGGCGAGACUGUUGCAAGAAGAAGAAUACUGGCAUUCAAUGAAGCAGAAGAAAACACAGGGCUCAGCCUCUUUGUCAAGCAAAUACUACAUAAAGAUCAAUGAGGACGAGAUUGCCAGUGACUAUCCUCUCCCUGCAUAUUACAAGACAUCUAACCAAGAAACAGAUGAGUAUAUAGUCUUUGACACCGAUAUUGAUACCUGUUACACUGAUGAAUUGCCUCGAAGCAUGCUUCAUAACUGGGCGCUAUACAACUCAGACUCUAGGUUGAUUUCCUUGGAACUUCUUCCAAUGAAACCGUGUGCUGACAUUGAUAUGACCAUAUUUGGGUCUGGGGUAAUGACUGCUGAUGAUGGAACUGGAUUCCAUUUUGACACCAAUGCUAAUCUUUCUUCCUCUAAUGGUUCUGUGCCACCUGAAGUUGAUGGGAUUCCUAUAUAUUUGAGUGCGAUAAAGGAAUGGAUGAUAGAAUUUGGGUCCUCAAUGGUCUUCAUAUCAAUACGUACGGAUAUGGCCUGGUACAGGCUUGGUAAGCCAACAAAGCAAUAUGCUCCAUGGUAUGAACCAGUUCUGAAAACAGCAAGACUUGCCAUUAGUAUCAUUACUUUGUUAAAAGAGCAGAGUCGAGUGGCACGGAUGUCUUUUGCGGAUGUCACAAAGAGAGUUUCCGAGUUUAAAAAGGAUCAUCCCGCUUACAUUUCAUCAAAUACAGAGGCAGUGGAGAGAUAUGUGGUUGUCCAUGGACAGAUAAUUCUGCAGCAGUUUUCAGAAUUUCCUGAUGAGAAGAUCAUAAAGUGUGCAUUUGUGAUUGGUCUAACCAAAAAAAUGGAAGAAAGGCAUCAUACUAAAUGGCUCGUGAAGAAGAAAAAGGUUGUCCACAGGAAUGAACUUAAUUUAAAUCCAAGAGCAGCAAUGGCAUCAGUGGUAUCCAAGAGGAAGGCAAUGCAGGCAUCUACAACAAGGCUAAUCAAUAGAAUUUGGGGAGAAUACUAUUCAAAUCAUGCGCCUGAAGAUUCAAAAGAGGGACUUAGUUGUGAUGCAAAGGAGGAAGACGAAGCUGAAGAUCAAGAUGAAAAUGAAGAGGAUGAUGCUGAGGAGGAGAAAUUAGUAUCUUCUUUGAAAACCCAUGCACCUCCCUCAGCAUCAAGACGAAUUAAACCAUGUUCUGUGAGCAAGGAAAUAAGAUGGGACGGGGAGUCUGUGGGUAAAACUUCUUCAGGAGAUGCUCUAUUUAAACAAGCCAUUGUUCAUGGAAAAGUAGUUGUGGUGGGAAGUGCUGUUUUGGUAGAAGGUGAUGAAUCAGAAGUACUUCCGACUAUCUAUUACGUGGAGUACAUGUUUGAAAAAUUGGAUGGAAGUAAAAUGUUUCAUGGAAGAAUGAUGCAACGAGGGUCGCAAACCAUCCUUGGAAAUACAGCUAAUGAGAGGGAGGUGUUUUUGACAAAUGAAUGCAUGAAUUUUGAACUGGAGGAUGUUAGUCAAACAGUUGUUGUGGAUUUAAGGUCAAUUCCCUGGGGACAUCAGCAUAGAAAAGCUAAUGCCAAUGCUGAUAAAAUUAAUAGAGCAAGAGCAGAAGACCAAAAGAAAAAAGGAUUGCAAAUUGAAUAUCAUUGUAGAAGUUUGUAUUGGCCAGAGAAAGGCGCUUUCUUUAGUAUUCGUCUUGAUACAAUGGGUGUUGGGUCAGGUUUCUGCCAUUCUUGCACAAUAAAGAAAGUUCAUAGUGAUAAGGAAAUUUUUAAGGUAAAUGCUUCUGAGACAGGUUUUGUAUACAAGGGCACUGAGUAUGUAGUUCAUGAUUUUGUUUAUGUGAGCCAUCAUUCCUUCAGUGCAGAAAGGUUGGAGAAUGAAACUUUUAAGGGUGGCAGAAAUGUGGGAUUGAAGGCAUAUGUGGUAUGUCAGCUGCUUGAAAUUGUUGUCCCCAAGGUACUUAAACAAACUACAGCAAAAUCUACCCAGGUUAAAGUCAGAAGAUUUUUUAGACCGGAGGUUAUUUCAGCUGAUAAGGCAUACAGUUCUGAUAUACGAGAGAUCUAUUAUAGUGAAGAAAUACAUAUUCUGUCUGUUGAGACACUUGAAGGGAGAUGUGAGGUCAGAAAGAAGCAUGAACUUCCAUCGCAUGAUGUCCCUGCACUUUAUGAACAUAUUUUCUUUUGUGAACAUUUAUAUGAACCUUCUAAAGGGUCUGUCAAGCAGUUGCCAUCUCACAUCAAGUUAAGGUACUCAACUGGGAAGGCGGAUGAUGCCACUUCUAGGAAGAAAAAGGGAAAAUGUAAAGAAGGUGAAAAUGAUGUUGAUGUGGAGAAAUUAAAGGCAGCUCGUUUGGCCACUCUAGAUAUUUUUGCUGGUUGUGGUGGCUUGUCUGAGGGUUUGCAGCAGUCAGGUGUCUCCAUUACUAAGUGGGCAAUUGAAUAUGAAGAGGCAGCUGGAGAUGCAUUUAAACUUAAUCACCCAGAGUCUUUGAUGUUUAUCAAUAACUGCAAUGUGAUUCUAAGGGCUGUCAUGGAGAAGUGUGGAGAUGCAGAGGACUGUAUAUCAACACCAGAGGCUGCUGAAUUAGCCACAAAACUUAGUGAGACGGAGGUUGAUAAUUUGCCAGUGCCAGGACAGGUGGAUUUUAUCAAUGGAGGGCCUCCAUGUCAGGGCUUCUCUGGAAUGAACAGGUUUAACCAAAGUACUUGGAGUAAAGUUCAGUGUGAGAUGAUUUUGGCAUUCUUAUCCUUUGCAGACUAUUAUCGACCUAAGUUCUUCCUCCUUGAGAAUGUGAGGAACUUUGUAUCUUUCAACCAUGGACAGACAUUUCGUUUAACUCUAGCUUCACUUUUGGAGAUGGGUUAUCAGGUGCGGUUUGGUAUCCUUGAAGCUGGAGCAUAUGGAGUUCCUCAGUCUAGGAAGCGAGCAUUCAUAUGGGCAGCAGCUCCAGAAGAGACACUCCCUGAAUGGCCAGAGCCAAUGCAUGUUUUUGCUGCACCGGAGCUGAAAGUUUCAUUGUCUGAAAAUCUGCAGUAUGCUGCUGUACGGAGUACUUCAACUGGAGCCCCAUUUCGUCCAAUCACUGUUAGAGAUACUAUUGGGGAUCUCCCAGCUGUGAGCAAUGGGGCAUCUAAGACAAGUUUAGAGUAUCAAAGUCACCCAAGCUCGUGGUUUCAAAGGAAAAUUCGAGGGGGCAUGGUGGUCUUAUCCGAUCACAUAUCAAAAGAAAUGAAUGAGCUCAAUCUGAUUCGUUGUCAGAGAAUUCCAAAGCGCCCAGGUGCUGACUGGCGUGACCUUCCUGAUGAAAAGGUUAAUUUGUUUACUGGGCAAGUGGUUGAUCUGAUACCGUGGUGUCUUCCGAAUACGGCCCAGAGGCAUAAUCAGUGGAAGGGGCUAUUUGGUAGGUUGGAUUGGGAGGGAAACUUUCCAACUUCCAUUACAGACCCGCAGCCAAUGGGUAAGGUGGGGAUGUGCUUUCACCCUGAGCAAGACAGGAUUGUUACAGUUCGUGAAUGUGCCCGUUCUCAAGGUUUCCCAGAUAGCUAUCAAUUUGCUGGUAACAUUCUACACAAGCACAGGCAGAUUGGUAAUGCUGUUCCUCCUCCUUUAGCGUAUGCACUGGGGAGGAAACUCAAGGAAGCGGUUGAGACUAAGAAGUCUUCUUAGCAAGUCUAGUCCUUUCUUUUGCCGGAAUUGCCAGGAGGACCAAUUUUAAAAGCUAGUAACAUUUGAGGAUGAUUUGAAGCGGACUUAUUUUAUUGUUCUCGGAAGCCAAAGAGUAAAAUAUGUAAAUAAGGCUUGUGAUUGUUUUCUUGGCAAUCACAACAUUUUGGAAAUUUGGAUAGGUGUUUGGUGUAUGAGGAUUCACAAUAUGUCAAUAUGGAUCAUAAAAUCUUACGAUCUUGUGAAAUGAUAUGGA